AUGCAGAGGUCGGCCGUCCCCUCGGACGCCGUGCCCUCCGGCUGGGCCUGUGGAGCCGUCAGAGCUUUGUCCAGAUCCAGGCGCUCCAUCAGGAGGUGGAGCAAAGACCAGUCCAGCUCCAGUCCGUCCCAGAAAGAGUACCCCACCAGUUCAACCCGGAGGAACGAGUACCCCACCAGUCAGCCCCGGAGGAACGAGUACCCCACCAGUCAGCCCCGGAGGAACGAGUACCCCACCAGUCAGCCCCGGAGGAACGAGUACCCCACCAGUCAGCCCCGGAGGAACGAGUACCCCACCAGUCCGACUCGGGGAGAGGCGUUCUUCACUGACAGGUACUGA